ACCAGGAAGUAACACGUAAACACAGCAGCGCUUUCAGUUUCAGCAAUGCGUUUACGGAAGACAGACAACUAGUUACACUGAGGACGUUUGCUGUUUGUCAGCCUUAACUUUUUAACUGAUUACCUCCGAUUAUCUUGUGCUAAGGCUCGUGGGUUAUUCAUAACAAACGUAACAGAAGUGUUGAAGGCAGCAGCUAAGUGCUGGACAAACUGCAGUUAACUCCUUCCUGACUGCGCUUUUUAUUCUCAGUGGUGCUCUUAAAAGAAGAGGUAUGAAGAAUGGAAGAUUCAGAUUCAACAAAGCUUGAGGAGUUGCUGACAUGUCCAGUGUGCCAGGACAUCUUUAACGAUCCCCGGCAGCUGUCAUGUGGACACAGCAUGUGUAUGGGCUGUCUGGAAAAGGUGAUGGAUCACUCCCCAGACAUUCCCUUCCGUUGUCCAGACUGUAGGGCAGAUUUUGAACCCAUCAUUGGGGUACAGAAGAGCUAUGCACUGGCCAACAUCAUAGAGGACUUCAGGAUGAACAGGAGGAGAAGGCAGGAGAAGCAGACAAAAAGUGUGUACUGCGACUGCUGCCUGGAGAAAAAAACUCUGGCCAUCAAAACGUGCCUGAAGUGUGAGGUGUCUCUGUGCAAAGAGCACGUCAAGGACCACCUGGAGCUGCCGGUGUUCACGGGGCACCCCUUGGUGAGCCCUCUGGGUGACCUCCUGGAGAGGAAAUGCCCACAGCACGAGGACGAGGUGCUGAGGUUCUACUGCAACACGUCCAGGCGCUACAUCUGCAACAUUUGCGCCCUGGAGAGCAAGCAGCACAACCUGGCAACUGAGGCCUCCUUUGUCUUGCGGAGACAGCUGACUGAGUACAUGGACCAACGCUUUGACAUACUUAAGGAGCAAAUUGGAGAAUCCACUGAGUCGGUAAAAAAACUUCAGGAAGACAUCAAACAUGAAAAACAGAGAGUGAAACCCGUCUUUUCGUCCAUCAACAGUGUCACAGUGGUGCUUCUCUGUCUGUGGUUCAUUGUUCUGUAUUAUGCUUACAACUACUCUGUGGAAAACCAGACGCUCACAGACGCGUUGGAUGAGCAGCAGAACCGCGUGCAUCACAUUUAUUCCACCAUUGCGGAACUCUUGGUUAAUCAUCCAAUAAAGAGCCACAAACUCCAGAGACAGAAGAUCAAGGUACAAAAGACGAUAUUUUGAAACUUUGGUAUGGAAAUCUUAGGUAGAUAAGCUAAGAUAAUCCUUUAUUAGUCCCACAGCGGGGAAAUUUACAAGGCAAUACAGAGAGGACUAUGUGUUUUGUGUUAGAGUAAGCUGACUAGCCUGAUGAAGAUGCUAUCAGAACAUGUGCCUUGUACUGUCAGACGAGGUUGAAAGUCAUUAUUUUUAUUCAAGAGAGAUAAGCAGACAAUGAGUGUGUUUACAGGCACAUUAAUGUCCUUGUUUUGAUCAUAUAUGAUGUGAACAUGAUUAUUCCCAUUACUGUUAUCAUUAUUGUAAUAUCCAUGUUUCUGAUCGUCUGCAUUGUUUCUGUACCAACUAAGUUCCCUCAAUAGUUGAGACUGAGUCGUUUGGUUUUUACAUUUACUUCUCUGGUUGAGCUUUAUUGAAUCUUCAUUAAUGGAAGAUGACGGCAACAAUAAACUGAUAU